CCUAAUGUGUUCACGAUGAUGUUCUACCUGCAGAAGGUGCAGGAGCACGUGCAAAGAGUCCUGAAGGCUCAGUGUCGUCCCGGCAGCACCCGGCAGGCCUUGUUAGAUCAACUCCCUGCUUCCAGUCACAUGACGCAGCCCUUCCUGUGGAAAGACGUGCCGUUUCCCGAUGAACUCUUCCUGUACUCGCCGCCAUUUGGGUUCAAAGGUCUUCAGGGCAAAGUGGAAAACCUGCUGGAGCAGCUGCAAGACUCUGACUCCGAACCGCAGCCAGGAAACGCCUCAGAUAAAUGUCGGCGAUGUGUGGUCGUGGGAAACGGAGGCAUCCUCAGAGGCCUGGAGCUGGGCCCACUGAUCGACCGCUUUGACACCGUCAUCAGGUUAAACAGCGGCCCUCUGGGAGAGUUCAGCGCUGACGUUGGGAAUCGAACCAGCAUCAGGAUGAGUUACCCAGAGGGCACCCCGCUGCAGUGGGUGGACACAGACCCACACACUCUGUUUGUAGCUGUGGUGUAUAAAAGCGGAGACAUCAGCUGGACCUCCGCUAUGGUCAACAAGCUCUCUGUGGUAAGUCGUGGUUGUGCGCGUGCGUAAGAAAAAACCACAGUGAAGAGGGAAACCGUUCCAUCGUUCAUUCAUCCAACGCAACACCGAUCAGAUGAGAGCUCAGCCGAUUCCCUUCAACUAUGCAAAUUUGACAAAAGUGGUCCUGACUGAAAGAUGCGUUCACAUUAACCAACUUAAACUCAGGGAAUAGUGCUACGAGCAAAGAAGAACACACUCCCUCUAACAGUAGACCGCUCUUGGUAUAAUGUUAAUCACAACUCGAGUCGAGCACACACACACAGCCUGAAGCUAACAUAUUUAUAAUGGUUAGACCUGACUCACCAGCUCCGUUCAGUCUGCCCUGAAUGCACCAGAGCCUGUUUUUAUGAUGCUCUGUCGUUGGUUUAAUGAUACGUAAUAGUUUGGAUGAUUGUGUCUGUGCUUCGUUUGCAUUCACUCUUCUUUCAUGUUGUCUGUUGGUGAUUCAAAAGCUGAUCUGUAGUCUUGAGAAAGAAUUAUUUAUAU